GAAAAAAAAACCCUUCCAGCUCACAAUUGCAUGUGUGCAACUUCCUCAUAGCUGUUCUAGAGCUUGAGAGCGCGCGUCUGAAAUCUAAAGCGAAACGGUAAAAUCCAAACAAAAAAAAUCUGUUUUCUGUAGUAACCUGCUGGACCUUUGCUGGGCGAGGGGGGGUCACUAAGUGGGUCAGUUAUUGCUGAAACAGCCAAAAUGCUCCGACAGUCUCUGAGCAUUUUGAAGCAGCUUGGAUCUUCUGCAAAGUCACAUGAUGUCAGCGAGCUUCUACAUGAAGACCUGGUUGUGGUGGAGCAGCGGGUGGAACCAGCCAAGAGAGCGGCACAGAUGCUCCACAAGAAGCUGCUGGGCUGCAUGCAGAGUCAGACAGGACUGGAUGCUGAAAAACGGAUGAAGAAGCUUCCUCUGAUGCUGCUGUCAAUCAGCAUGGCGGAAAGCUUCAAAGACUUUGAUGCAGAGUCUCCCAUCAGGAGGGUGCUGGAGAUGUGUUGCUUUAUGGAGAAGAAGUUAGCCACCCUGCUCGCAGACUAUGAGAUGAAAAUGGAGAAGCAAGUGUUGGAGCCGUUGAAUAAACUCAGUGAGGAUGAACUACCAGAGAUCCUCAAAAACAAGAAGCACUUUGCAAAGCUCAACACAGACUGGAAUAAUGCACGACUCAGGAGCCAGGGUAGCACCGGUCCACAGGCAAAGCAGGAUGGACUCAAGGAUGAAGAAGAAGAAGCUUGGAGGAAGUUGGAGACCAUCAAGAAUCAGUAUUCAGCAGAUUUGUAUCACUUUGCAACCAAAGAAGAUGACUACGCCAGCUACUUCAUUCGCCUUUUGGAGCUGCAAGCGGAAUACCACAAACAUUCACACGAAUUCCUGGAUAGAAAUAUAUGCGAACUCAAAGAGAAUCACAACCACAAAGAGCCACCAGGGAACCUCUUUCGACAAAAGGUUUUUGGGGAGUCUCUAGCCUCUCAUCUGCAUGAAAGCAACAGGGAGAUCGCUGCCCCCAUCCAAGAGUGUAUUCACAUGCUUCUCAGAACAGGAAUGCGCGAAGAGGGUUUAUUUCGGCUAGCGGCUGCCGCCUCUGUGGUGAAGAGGCUGAAGACGUGUAUGGAUCAUGGGGUGGUCGACCAUAGCGAGUUCAGAAUGGAUCCCCACGCUGUGGCUGGAGCACUGAAGUGUUACCUGCGAGAACUUCCUGAACCUCUAAUGACCUUUGAACUCUACGACGACUGGUUUAAAGCAGCAGGUGAAAAAGAUGUCAGUGAGAAGCUGGAGACGUUCCGAGCGCUGCUGAAGAAACUGCCGGCAGAAAACUACAACAACCUCAGUUAUCUAGUCCAGUUCUUGUCCCGGCUGUCCGAGGAGCAGUCUGCCAACAAGAUGACCCCCAGUAACAUCGCCAUCGUCCUGGGGCCCAACCUGCUGCGACCCCCAGCAGAGGGGGAGAUUCCCCAGCUGGACAUGGCGUCCGCCUCCUCUGUCCAGGUGGUGACGGUUAUCGAGCCUCUUAUUCAAUACAGCGCCACGCUCUUCCCUGAAGAGGUGUCCUUUGAGGUCCCAGAGCUUCCAGAGGUCCAAGAUGAUCCUCUAGUCCAGUCCUCCGUCUCCAAACCGACGCCGCUGAGCAGAACAGUGUCCUGUGCCUCCACAGCCUCCUCGUCCUCCUACCACCACCCUCUCUCCAAGAACAACAGUGUGUCCUCUCAAGAUAGCGUCUCGUCUGUGAAAGCCGGUUCUGCUUGGCGCUCGGUGUGGAGCGGGCCCGCAUCCGAGGCAGCAACCGCCCCGUCAAACCAGAGCCCGACGCUGCAUCCUAGAACUGUGAGAUCCAGCCAAGGACCGAGCAGGGACCACGCCCAGAAACAAUUGAGCCAGUCGGAGAAUAUUUCAGAGGCCCCUCCAUGCUCCGCCAAAGCAGUUGUGGGGAUCACACCAAACAAACCAAAGAGAAACAUCAGUGUGAGAAAAGCCAACAAAGCGCCGGAGCCGCCGAAGCCACGGGCCCCUGUGGCACUUGCGGGUAUGAUGCCUCCAGCUCAACCUACUGGCCUCAAAAAGCUGCCGUUUAAAAAGCCUGCCGUUAAAGCCCCAAACUGCCCUCCGCCACGUCCCCCUGCAUUGCAGUCCACAGAGGCACAGUAAGAUGAGAUUUUGACACACAUGUCUUAAAUGUGUACAUCGCUCCCUGAGAUGUAUGGUGUGGAAGAACUGUAUCCAAACACCUUUGGGAGGAACGUGACCUUCUCUCUGACCUCGCAAAUGUUCUGCAUGAAUGGACAAAGACAGUGUUCCAUUUCAAAAUGGUCAGGUGUACCACUACUUUUGUCCACAUAGGGCCUGUUGUACUAAAAUCCAAAUAAGUUCUAAGUGACGUGUACUAUUAGUGGGCGUGUCUAGGACUGUGGUGCAAACCUGGCCAAUUUAAAUAUGUAUACCGGCUGUCACCAUGGAAACACUCAUUUACUGCACACCCAUUGCAUUAUAUGCUCCAAUCUGUAGUGGUUUGUUAUGUUAUGAAACAUGCAGCACACAAAUAUAAUGUGUACCUUCUUUUCUGGGUUAUAUCGAAGCUCAAUGCAGACAACAGAACUUAUUACUAGCAGGCCGAAGGUGCGCUCUGGGAGGCACCAGAGUGUUCUGAUGGUGUGUCUGGAAUGAUCCAGACGCAAGAAAAUGCAUGUCGCUAGAAGUGUUUUUAUAGAAACAAAUGAAUGCCGUAAAAUCAGCCCCUUAUGUUACAUUUUCAAAAAGCUGAUAUGUCAAAUAUGUUUUAUUUCUGACACUCCAAAUGUGCGUAAUAGUUUCUCUGCAUUAUUCAUCAUAAUGCUUUCUUACACCCAUUUGUGCUGAACUGUGUGCCGGUUUGCACACACAUUUCCAACUUGCUUAACAUAGAUGCGAAACGGUUUCAGGCUUGGUAAAUCACACUGCAAGGAAGAAAUUAUUAUAUUUGCAUCUCCAAUUCUACUAUAAUGAUAGAUUGCGCUCGCUAUUUUGCUCAUUUGGGAGACACAAUCCUCUGCGCGCAAGCUUAGUAGGUCAGCUUUACGUGCGCUAUCAAGUUUGCACAUUUACUGUGGUAUUGUUUGAGUUCAUUGCUAUGUAUUUAUUUGAUAUAAGUUAGUUAACAAAAAAGGUUUCAACAUAUCAGUUAAUAAAGUCUACAAAGUCUUGACAUCAAAUAUUUAUUUCGGCUCCUGGCCCAUAAUGUCUCCACCACGUUGAAAAAAAAGCAUGUUUAUUUCCAAUGAAUGACAUCAUAGUGUGAUGUUUACACGAGUCUCUCAUCCAGCUAGAAUAUUUUGAAAAAAUUCAUUUAUUUCAGUAGUUCAAAUAAAGAGAAUGAAUAAUUUCGAGAACGUGUUCAAUAUAUUUUUUACACUUAUUGCUAAUAAAAGCCUCAAAUUCAGUAUCUCAUAUGUGGUUGAAUAUUGUAAACUACACUUAUAGCUUUAAUUAGCCUUUUAGCCAAAUUUGAACUCCUGAAAUCAAAGAACUUUGCAUUAUAUUCUCACUGAGAUGAAUAUUUACAUAUAAAACUUGGACUGAAGGUGCUAUAUUGUAAGUACAUAUUUAUAGGGGAGGUCAGUUGAUAUUUUCAUGUACAUUUGUAUAGGAAGUAAAUAACAGGAAAUAUGAUUUGUCUAUUAAAACAUAUACAAGUUCCUCUUCAUUAAAGGAGCACAUAGUAUUUCUAUAAAAGGUCUGCAUUACAUACUACUCGUAUUGGUCAUAUCAUAUUGCAGGAUUAUCAACUGAUAUGAGUCAAAAAGUCUGGAAUAAAAGUGACUUUGGAUGGCCAUCCCUCUCUGAAUUUAGGCCUGGGACACAUGGCCUCCUUCAACUCAC